ACAUCAUUCCCGCAGGAGGGCGGGCGGAGGCACCGCCGCCGCCGCCAGACGGUCGCAGCCCCGGAGAGCUGCCCGCCGGCCCGCGCCCAUUUAUCUCAGCCUAAAGCCUCCCCAGAGCAAGGAUGCUGAUUCUCCUGGCCUUCAUUAUCGUGUUUCACAUAACCUCAGCAGCACUGCUGUUCAUCUCAACUAUCGACAAUGCCUGGUGGGUGGGAGAUAACUUUUCUGCAGAUGUCUGGAGAGUGUGUAUCACGAAUACGAGCACCUGUAUGGCUAUCACUGAUGAGUUCAAUGAGUAUCAAUCAAUUCAGGCUGUUCAGGCCACCAUGAUCCUGUCUACGAUUCUCUGCUGUGUGGCAUUUCUGGUUUUCAUUCUUCAACUCUUCCGUCUAAAGCAAGGAGAAAGAUUUGUGUUAACUUCUGUUAUCCAGCUCCUGUCAUGUCUGUGUGUUAUGAUUGCAGCUUCCAUUUACACAGACAGGCAUGAAGAACUGCACCAGAGCCAUGGAUAUGUAAUGGAAGUUUCCAAAGGCCAAUAUGGCUAUUCCUUUGUCUUAGCCUGGAUUGCCUUUGCCUUUACCCUGAUCAGUGGAGUGAUGUACUUAGUAUUAAGGAAGCGUAAAUAAAUGUCAGCACCUAGUUAUUUCUGUCACUGCAGUACAAAACCAAAUUCCAGUAACCAUUUUGUAUAUAAUCAUUUACAUGGUUUUGUAGUAAAGGUAUUGUUUCUCUAAAAAUGUACUGUGUUCUUGAUAUGAAACAGAAUUAAAAAAAAAAAAAGAAGGCAGGUGAAAUGAAAUGCCUGGCACCUCCAGGUCAGGGGUUGGAGCAAGACAGAGCCAAGUUGUUUCUUUUACAUAUUUUAUCAUCAUAAAUUGUUUUCCUUUAUUAGACAUUAACAGUAUGUUCCUGGCCUCCAGUAGAUUACAAAUAAAGCCCGUGCAAAUUAAUUUGUAAGCAAUAUACUAAUUAUAUUCCUGGACCAGAUAUCCCUUUGAAAUAUGUUAAAUAGAAGGGUGUGUAACAAAACAAGACCCAGAUGACAGUGAAAAAGCAAACACUUCUAAAGCCCAGAGCUGCACUCAGAGCGUCUGCCCUGGCUCAGGACCAGUGUUCUGCUCUGUAUAAUGUGCAGUAAGUGUCAUCAAGUUUUUAUUAAAACCACUUGCUUUGCAAAAGUAAACAAGCCCUUUUUGUUCUCCAGCAAAUAUUUCUCUUGAUUGUGUUUCACAUUUAA